AUGGGUGACCGUGACGUACCCCAUUGGGACUCACAGUACCCAUCCAUAGGUUCCUUACCCGGCAGAGGUGUCGCAUCCCGGAAUGACCCACAAGGGGGCAACUAUCGUUUUUUGGAGGAUUCACGGGUCAUUUUAUUCGUGUGGUCCCAGAACUGUAUCAGUCUCCUCCCAUUGCCAUGCCCGUACACGGCAAUGGGUGUGGAGUGGAGUGCCCAGUUCUUCCCUCAACCGCGGAGUAGGAACAGUCGACUGACGAACAAUGCAACAGGAACUACCAGCCAACGGACGGGUAACCGUACCCGUUCCAUGAUUCCCCUUGUCCGCGGAAUGCGGGGCAAAGCAGUCGUCGGUCUCGUGACGAUGGGCUUGGUGUGGACUUGGCGAUCGCUCCGCUGGGCCGACGAAGGCAUCCUCUCGGUAGCAGGAAACCCCUUGAGUCAUCCGUUGGCUGGCGUGUCAAUACCCCUUCCGACCUCGUAUCCCGUGCAGGUCUUGCUACACGUCAUUCACACCCGUUUCCAACAACACCAACCCCGUUUGGUACACUUGGGUCGAGCCCGUCUCGCACUCUUCCGUACCCUCUGUGUACCGUCCUUGCGAGCGCAAACCGAAACCAACUUUCUCUGGAUCCUCCGAGUCGAUCCCGCACUCUCCGCUCCGUUGCGGACAGCCUUGCUCGCGAUUGUACGGGACUACGCGAGCCGGAAUCACUCGGUCCUCGUCGUGGCCUCCAACCAAUCCCCCGAACGCUUCCAUUUGCAUCGGGAGAACGACUACGCUGUCGACGAUGAUAUUCGCAACGAUACACUCUGGUACGGAAAUAUGCGAAUCUGGCAACGCUAUCAACAGACAGCUCGAAGAACCGGGACGGUCGUCUUGGAAACGAAUCUGGACGCCGACGAUGGACUGGCGAUCGAUUUUGUACACACCGUACAACAACGUGCACUCCGAGACUUUCGGACAACACCACCCCCAACGGCCGAGUCCGUGAUUGGACUCCGUCGCUUGUACCGCAUCUAUUGUGUGGGACAACAUGUCGAAUGGCACUUUUACGCACCCUGGGAUCGUCGAUUGUUCGACAAAAUACCCGACUACGUCAUUCAAGGAGCCUUGCGGACACGGAUCAAUGAUCGUAUUUGCAUCACACCCGGACUCACGGUAGCCUCCCAAACCGUGCCGGACUCUCACGUGGCUGCUACUACUCCUACUGCUACUACAACUGCUACGGGUACAGUAAACACAACUGCUACUGCUACUACUGCUCCCAACACCGCCACCAUACCAACACCACCAACGUCAUCCCCACCACUACUACCCUUUGACGUCGUACGUUGGCAUCAUCUCAUUCAAGAAAAAUUUGCAGCCUGUGAACAGACAUCCCCUUCUCAGCUCCUCGACUUUCACAGGGAAACAUUUGUCUCCAUGUCAUCGGUCUGUUACGAAUACCUCGACAACAGUUUGGAUACGGGUAAUGUGACCGAAAUAUUACCUACCGCACGGCACCCUUGGGCCAUCCGCGCACGUACACCUACCAGUGUCGGGGUCGAGGAUCUACUCCGCAAACGAUCGCGUUGGAAAUAUUCCGACUACUCGGCCUCGCAAGCGCUGUGGACCCAAUUGUCGCCAAUAUUCAGCGUAACGGCGGAAAGUCUACGGCAGACGCACCACGCUUUGGCGGAUGAUCUCAUCGCCAUUCUAUCGGACGCCAUAGAAGGGCAGUGUACCCCCAAUCACUCGUGUCACGACAAGUCCCGAACCAUUUUAAACCGGGUACUCCAAAACGAAAAGAAAUACGGCCAGCUCGUCGUGCCGGAUAAACUCGUUUGGGAGCAGUAG